UUACAUUUACACUUUUUACUUAACGUAUUUGUAACUGAAACUACUGUUCCCACUGAGAGAAUCUCGCUUUUGGCGUGCCCCAAUCAUUUAAAAAUGAGCAACUUUUGUUUUAAAGAUAACAUGGCUGUACGACACAAUGAAGUAUCUGCGAGCAGCCCCAGUAAUCAAACAACUGUUGCGCCAAUCGGAUCCAUCAUGACCCAGAUCCCCGAGAGCUGCUAUAAGAUGUGGGGUGGUAGGUUCACCGAGGGGCCGCAUGAGGCUCUCCAUUCGCUUAAUAACAGCCUGCCCUACGAUUCGCGCCUCUAUGCGGAUGAUUUGGACGCCAGCAAGGCGUAUGCAGAGGCACUCCAUCGUGCUGGUCUCAUCAACGCAGCCGAGGCGGAUAAGUUGGUAAAGAAUCUGGAGCUGUUGCGAUUCGAUUGGAUCGAGGGAACUGUGAAGAUUCUACCCGGUGACGAGGAUGUGCACACGGUGAACGAGCGAUUGCUGGUGGAGAUUACCGGCGAACUGGGCCAGCGGCUUCACACGGGCAGAAGCAGAAAUGACCAGGUGGUCACGGACAUGAAGCUAUGGCUUCGCAAGGCCAUUCGUGAGACCUUGGGCCGGCUGAGUCGCAUCAUCGAAACUGCCACCAGGCAGGCGGAACUCCACCUGGGCGUCCUCAUGCCAGGAUACACGCAUCUGCAGCGGGCCCAGGCCGUUCAGUUCUCCCACUGGCUGCUCUCGCACGCGUUUGCCUUAAGGGAAGAUGGCCAGCGCCUGGUGGAGCUCAGGGAUCGGGCGAAUGUCCUGCCCCUUGGAAGUGGCGCUCUGGCGGGAAAUCCCCUUGGCAUCGAUCGUUUGUGGCUGGCUGAGAGGCUGGGAUUCUCGGGCGUCACAGCCAACAGCAUGCACGCCGUGGGAGAUCGAGAUUUUGUAGUUGACUUCAUCUACUGCUGCUCUAUGGUGAGCCUGCAUCUGUCCCGAUUGGCGGAGGAUUUGAUCAUCUACAGCACCAAGGAGUUCGACUUCAUCCAACUGGCCGAUGGCUUUUCCAGUGGCAGCAGCUUGAUGCCUCAGAAAAGGAAUCCGGACAGCUUGGAGCUGAUUCGCGGCAUGGCCGGAGUGAUCACCGCCAAUCUGACGGGCAUAAUGAUGACCAUUAAGGGCACUCCUUCCACCUACAACAAGGACUUGCAGUACGACAAGCAAUUCUGCUUCCAGUCCUUCGACAAGCUGUCCCAAGUGCUCGAGGUUACCGAUGGUGUCCUGCAGACGAUUCAGGUCAAGCAGGAAUCAAUGGAGGCGGCACUUAGCACAGACAUGCUGGCCACUGACUGGGCCUACUAUCUGGUGAAGAAGGGGGUUCCUUUCCGCCAGGCGCACCACAUCAUCGGUCGCGUGGUCUCGGAGGCCGAAAAGCGCGGAGUGGAGAUCACUGAUUUGCCACUGGGAGAUCUCCAGACAUUCAGUCCUCUAUUUGGAUCGGAUAUCGUUGCAGUGGCGGACUACUCCAACAAUGUCCAGCAAUACAAUGCGAUUGGUGGAACCGCAAGUAGCAGCGUCGUGGAACAACUGCGAUUGCUCAAGAAGUGCGCAAGGGAUUUGGCCAAACAGUCCUAGGUUACUGUGACUAUUUCUAUGGUAAAUCUUGGCUAUAUUGAAUCGCCUUGUUUUACAUAUUAAAAAUAUAUUUUAUAUUGUCUUCUUUA